UCGGUUAAGCAGAACAGUGUCAUGGCGCGACAACGAUGACUGAAAGUUUGUUUCUCAUCGACGAAUCUAGCACGAAGGCCAGUAUGUGGAGCGGAUUUCGCUGCAAUAAGGCUUUCGUAAUACUCGUCCUGUUAAAUGUGAUUAUUUUCCAAAGUAUCGUAUAUUAUCAGGAGCAUAAGAAGUGGCAGGAGAUAAGAUCCAAGCUGGAGCCGAUGAUAGCGGAUCUGCGAGACGUGCAGGGAUUGACGUAUAGCUUGCUGAAGAGACUGGAGGCGCACGGCCUCUUCGUCGAGAAUGUCCGCGGGCAAAACGAGGGUAGCCGGCCUGUGAUCUAUGCAAUCACGCCUACGUUUGCCAGGCCCGUGCAAAAGGCCGAACUCACCCGGUUGGCACAGACAUUCCUCCACUUGUCCAACUUUCACUGGAUCAUCGUGGAAGAUGCCCCGCAGAAGACCGCCCUAGUCUCCCGGUUUCUGGAGACAAGUGGUCUUAUCUACACCCAUCUGGCCGUGGCAACACCACCGAAUUACAAGCUCGGCAGAAACGAUCCAAACUGGAAGAAGCCACGCGGGGUUGAGCAACGAAACGCGGCGCUUAGAUGGCUUAGGGAGAAUCUCAAACCGUCUAACAAAGGCGUUGUUUACUUUGCCGACGAUGAUAAUACUUACUCUGUCAAACUCUUCCAAGAGAUGGAGAAAAUACAAAGAGUCGGCGUUUGGCCGGUUGGCCUAGUCGGUGGUCUAAUGGUAGAGAAGCCUAUUUGUGACAACGUCACUAACAAAGUAAUAAGUUUUAACGCGGCGUGGAAACCGGACCGACCGUUUCCACUCGACAUGGCAGGCUUCGCAAUUAAUCUUGAACUCUUACUCAAACAUACUGACGCGUGGUUCUCGUAUGAUGUGCAAGGUGGUUAUCAGGAGAGCGAGAUACUUAGGCAAAUAGUCACAAAGGAUCAAUUAGAGCCGCUGGCAGACUGCUGCACGAAGGUGUAUGUGUGGCAUACGCGGACAGAACCGCCGCAAUUGAAUGUCGAGCAGAUGUUGAUCAAAAAAGGUAAGCGUUCCAAUGCUGGCAUUGAAGUAUAAAGAAAGACAAUAUUCUCAUUAUUAUUCCAAUGUGCAAUGUGUUAUGCUUUCCAUGAGAAUUCAAUAAUUUAAUUUGAUAUUAUUAUUAAUAAAAUACUUAGUUAAUAUUAUAUGCACAUAUAUAUUUGUACAUAAGUGAUAUUUUUUUAAAAAGAUAGGGCCAAACGAAGGAUAUAAACGCUGAUUUUACUGAAUUUUGCAUAAUGUGUAUAUAUACAGUAGAAUAAUGCGAUGCCAUCUUGUAUAACUGCUUAUAACUGCAGACGUAAUAGCGAUGAUAAAAAAUAAUCAUUAAAAACGAAUAAUUCUAGUGAAUUAUUAUUUGAAUCUCCAAGAAUCAUGUGAUAUCGCAAUGUGCUUUAGAUAGUUUGGAUUACUAAUCGGCAUGUCACUGCCAUGCGUUUGUAAAAAAAAUUAACGAUCUUUUGUUAUUUUCAUGAUGACCAAUACAACGAUCUUGUUAUAUUGCAUCUACGUCGUUUUAUAAAAAAAUUUACUUAUGAUUAUUGUAAUAAAGUUUUUGAGGAAAACCAGAGAGGCGUAGAUUUCCAGUCCUGUCGAUCCAUCCAUUCUUCUCAUCUUGAAAACAUUUUUUUUCAUUUUAUUCAAGAGCACGAUUUCUUGUCGCGUACAGAAAAAGCAUUACAUAAAAAAUAUGCCUUACAUCUACGAAACUUUAAUACUUAAUGAUCUCUAGAUGAAGAAUAUGCGUCGUAAUACUUUCUUGUGGGAAGCUACUUGUUAAGGAUGUGUGGCUCUUGGCAACGGAUACAAAAUAGCUAGAGGUGUUAGAAACGAUGACACGUAUCGCUCGCCGAUGCGAAGUUGCCGCGCGACAUCCGUCACGCGAAUGUCCCGCGAUUUAUUUAU